AUGACAUACGUUGUCAAUGGUUACAGCCUGACUACAGAGAUCACCAACUCUAGUACCACCAGCAUCAGUCUAACAGGACUGUCCCCAGGUGUUCUGUACAACAUCAGUCUUGUGGCUGUGAGUGCAGAUGACAGUGUAGUCAGUGCAGAGGCAACAGGAGGACCUCUGACUGUCAGGACAAAUCCAAAUGCGCCGGAAGACUUUGCUGUUACAACCAUUACCACAACAACCAUUGGUCUGAACUGGACUGAGCCUGACAGUGCCAACAAUGCAACAUUUGCCAAGUACAGAAUGACAUACGUUGACAAUGGUUACAGUCUGACUACAGAGAUCACCAACUCUAGUACCACCAGCAUCAGUCUGACAGGACUGUCCCCAGGUGUUCUGUAUAGCAUCAGUCUUGUGGCUGUGAGUGCAGAUGACAGUGUAGUCAGUGCAGAGGCAGCAGGAGGACCUCUGACUGUCAGGACAAAUCCAAAUGCGCCGGAAGACUUUGCUGUUACAACUAUUACCACAACAACCAUUGGUCUGAACUGGACUGAGCCUGACAGUGCCAACAAUGCAACAUUUGCCAAGUACAGAAUGACAUACGAUGCCAAUGUUUACAGUCUGACUACACUGAUCACCAACCCUAGUACCACCAGCAUCAGUCUGACAGGACUGUCCCCAGGUGUUCUGUACAGCUUAAGUCUUGUGGCUGUCAGUGCUGAGCCCAGUCUUACAGUCAGUGCAGAGGCAGCAGGAGGACCUCUGACUGUCAGAACAAGACCAAAUCCUCCACAGAGGUUCUUUGGUGAAGCUCAAAAUUCAACAACCAUUAGCCUGAGCUGGUCUGCUCCUGCCAGUACCAACGGUGCAGAGUUUGCCAAGUACUGGAUCACAUAUACUCCAUCCGGUGGCGUCAGUCAGACUGAAGAGAUCGUUAACCCCGCUGUCACCAGUUUCAGUCUGACAGGACUUUCCCCAGGUGUUCUGUACACCAUCAGUGUUGUGGCUGUCAGUGCUGAGCCCAGUCUUACAGUCAGUGCAGAGGCAGCAGGAGGACCUCUGACUGUCAGGACAGUGCCGAAUGCUCCCCAGAGCUUCACUGGUGAAACUCAAGGUACAACUACCAUUGGCCUGAGCUGGUCUCCACCUGACACUGCCAACAAUGCAACAUUUGCUAAGUACAGAAUCACAUAUACCCCAUCUGGUGGCGCCAGUCAGACUACAGAGAUCUCUGACCCUACUGCCACCAGCACCAGUCUGACAGGACUGUUCCCAGGUGUUCUGUACAGCAUCAGCCUUGUAGCUGUGAGUGCAGAUGACAGUGUAGUCAGUGCAGAGGCAGCAGGAGGACCUCUGACUUUCAUGACAACGUGCCCUGGAAGCUACUCAUAUCUUGCAUACACUAACCGGUGUUACCGUGCCUAUGACAGCCCGAAAACCUACGACGAAGCUUUGGUCGUGUGUCUAGCAGACGGCGGCACUUUGGCCAUGCCUCGCGACAGCACAACCAAUGACUUCCUCAUCGCUUUGAAAAACAAUGUGAGCACCACCCGAUUAUUCCGUUUCGGGCUGCAUCUAGUCACAACAACACAGCCGACCACAAAAACAGUCAAAACAACACAGCCGACCACAACAACAGUCACAACAACAGAGCAGACCACAACAACAGUCACCACAACAGAACCGACCACAACAGUCACAACAACAGAGCCGACUACAACAACAGUCACAACAACAGAGCCGACCACAACAACAGUCACAACAGCAGAGCCGACUACAACAACAGUCACCACAACAGAACCGACCACAACAGUCACAACAACAGAGCCGACCACAACAACAGUCACAACAGCAGAGCCGACUACAACAACAGUCACAACAGCAGAGCCGACUACAACAACAGUCACAACAACAGAGCCGACUACAACAACAGUCACCACAACAGAACCGACUACAACGAUAGUGCCAAUCAGAACAACUCAGCUCUUAAUGACAGCUACAGCAGACGCAACUAGAGUGACGGCUACGAAAGUUGUUGCCGACUGUGGCUGCCCGUUGCUGCCCUCCCAUGCUGAAGUAAGUCUAACCGCAACGACCUCUGGCUCCGUGGCAACUUACCGCUGCAAGACGGGAUUUCAGUCCGCGAACGGGACCACAACGCUUACCUGUGGCAGCGAUGGGGAAUGGAAGGGCGUACUGCCAACUUGUGAAGCAAUGACCCCCUGCAUCCGGUUCUGUGGGUUUGGAAGCUGUUUUGUCGAUGGCGGCAUUCAGAAGUGUGACUGCAACACAGGAUAUGGAUUUUUCGGCCUUUCCCAGUUCUGCCUAGAUACCAAUGAAUGCGAAGACGGUUUGGACUAUUGCUUGGGCCGGCCAGCCUGUGUGCCUAACGCGAGGUGCAUCAACUCUCCGUACGGCUCGUACACGUGCCGGUGUCCCAGUGGUUAUAUUGGUGACGGGAAGACCUCAUGCGAAGAUGAAGACGAGUGUUUGUCGGCUCCAUGUUCCGAGUUUGCCAACUGCACCAACACAGCCGGCAGCUACACCUGUCAGUGUCUGGACGGAUAUGUGGGGUCUGGCACGGUUUGCACAGAAAUCAACGAGUGCAGUUCCAGCCCCUGUAUCGGUGGAACGUGUGUGGAUAGGAUCAACGGGUACACCUGUACCUGUCGUGAGGGGUUUGCUGGGGAGAGGUGUGAAACAAAUGUCAACGAUUGUGAACCUCCACCCUGCCUCAACAAUGGGACCUGUAGUGACAGGAUUAACACCUACAGCUGUGACUGUGUGGACGGGUGGGAGGGAAUCAACUGUGAAGACGACAUGAAUGAGUGUACGUCUGAUCCUUGUCACCGCCAUGCUGACUGUGGAAAUACAAACGGCUCCUUCAUCUGCACCUGUAAACAAGGUUUCCAUGGAGACGGAUUUGAAUGCACAGAAACUGAUGAGUGUGCGUCCGAUCCCUGCCAAAAUGACGCAACCUGCAUAGAUGGACUUAAUAAGUAUUCCUGUGACUGUCCAAGUGAAUGGCAGGGAGUUAACUGUGAAAGCGAUGUUGAUGAGUGCCUCCGAGAAAAAUGCCAUCAGAACUCAGCCUGUAACAACUCACCGGGAAGCUACAGCUGCACAUGCAGGGAAGGUUUCUAUGGAAAUGGCCUCACACAGGAAAAACUCGUGUGUAGAGAAACCAUCCUUUUCCCUUACGGUGAAAAACAAGGGGACGUGUUGCUGCCUGACACAGACGACCGCAAAGACAUCUCUCUGCCCUCUCUGAUUGACAUCAGUGUAGGGUUCCCUUUCUUUGGAGAUUUCUACUACAGCCUUUACUUCUCCGAUAACGGGUUGAUAAUAUUCCCACCGACGGCGCAGUCCCGUGCGCGGAGGGAACCCUACCCGAACCCCAGUCUGUUCAGGAGGAACCAGACCGUACAGGCAGGAUUCCCUCCUAUGGUAGCAGCGUCAUGGGGAGAUGUGGAUCUCACAACGGACGUGGGGAAAGUCUGGUAUCAGGUGUAUACUGAUGACAACUCAGGUGAUAAUUCCACACAGACAGUGUUUGACAUGGUUACUACGAGGAUGUACCAGUCCUUCAGCGACACGUUUGUGCCCACCUGGGUACUGGUGGUGACCUGGGACAGUGUACCCUCUGUCGAAGCGAUGUACACAAAACAAGACCCAAACACAUUCCAGGCCGUCCUGGCCACCGAUGGAUCAGAUUCCGUCGCUUUCCUGACCUAUAAGGAAGACGAAAUGCUGUGGACCAAUGAAACCCAGGACGUUCUUCUCGGGUACAACAGCGCUAACGGCGUCAACUUCGAAAACAUCCGGCUGGCAGAUCCGUACAGACCCGACCAAGUCAACGGGAACACGGGGCUGAAAGGACGAUGGGCGUUUAAGUUGGAGAGCGAAGCCACACGGAAAACGAACUACAAGAAGCUGUGUCGUGACUGGUACAAGACAGAGCCAAUCCCUUCCGAGUGGAUUGUAGGAGAAGGCCUGUGUCCAUGCACACUGCUGCAGGCACUGAGGGACCUACGCUUUACCCCUGUUAAAUUGUCACCCCUCGACAUCAACCUCUUGUUUCAGGUCGAUCAAGAUCUGGAAGUUUGCUUCAGCCCACUGUUUGCCAGCCCGACUGGUUCCAGUGUAGACUGUUGUUACAAGUUCCUGGCCCUGAACACUGAGAUACCCCUGGCUGGAAGUCACCACAGAUAUCAACGGUUCUCCCAACUUCACACUGACUUUGACGUGAAUCCCAAGUCCUGGUGCUGUAGCCUGUCUGACGAUGAAGACUUCUGUAACCUGUACUAUGAAAAGAGGCCUCCAAACAGCUGUUCUUUCUACAGGCCACCGCGUUUAGCCAUAACGUGGGGAGAUCCUCACAUGAAGACACUAGACGGUCUCGCCUACACGUUUAACGGGUUAGGAGAGUUCACCCUUGUCAAGACGAGUGGGGCCAGUGUUGAGUUCAGGCUGCAGGGCCGCACGGAAAAAGCCGUUGGUACCCAGGGAGCUGCAGAAGCCACGGUCUUUACAGCAUUUGCAUUCAAGCAAGAUGGCUCCUCAACGGUUGAAAUGGGUAUGAACGAAAACAGGGCUAACAUGACACUAAUGGUGGAUGGAAACUCCAUCAACAUCACUGACCUACGGCAGAACGGUGCCCAGCGUUUCGUUAACGUUACUCUUCAGUACAAUUUCAACUCGAACCAGACCAGUGUGGUCGCCUCCUUCUCUUCGGGAAUAACAGUGACCGUCACGCUCCAGAAACUCAUGCUGAAUGUACAGUUCGGAGCGCCGGAUUCUUUCGAGAACACUACACGAGGCAUGCUGGGUGUUUGGAACGACAACAUUUUGGACGACUUCACCUAUCCUAACGGCACGGUACUGCAGGCACCUGAGGACAGAAAUCUGACAGAGGAAGAAAUCUUCCCGUGGGGAUUAUCAUGGCAAAUCAGAGAAGACGAAAGUCUUUUCACCUACGAGGAUGGGCAAAAUGCCACUUCAUUCGCCAAACCAAAUUUCAGGCCGAAGUUCCUCGGCCAACUACUAGCUGCUGUUUCCGCCGAAAAAGAAAGCGAGGCUGAGGUUCUAUGUGGCACAAAUGUAGAAUGUCUCUUUGACUUUCUCAGCACAAACGACACAGAAGUGGGAGAACAAACCAGAUCAAGUAUUGUGACUUUCGAUUCAGACGCAGAGACACUGGUUAACGGAAUCCUACAGUGGACUCCCAGAAGCCUACGACCAGUGCAACUAGAGAUUAUUGCCCAAGACAACAAAGGUGCUUCUUCGUCGACCUACCCCAUGGUGAAACUCUGCAAUUGUCAACACGGUGGAAUCUGUAACUUUGUCACUAGAGACUUCACUGGAGAUAUCAACCCUGUGGGAGGGUUCCAGGUUGUUUCCUGCUCGUGCCCUGAAGCCUGGACAGGAGAGUUCUGUGAGACUGAUAAGAAUGAAUGUGAGGAGGACCCGUGUUAUCCAGGAGCGGCAUGUACAGAUAUGGUAGCACCUGAACAUGGCUUCGAAUGCGGACCAUGUCCUAACGGUCUGCAUGGGACUGGGGAGAAGUGUUAUGAUAUAGACGAGUGCGUAGAAGGCACAGCUGGUUGUGCAGUUGAGGCAACAUGCACCAACACAGAGGGAAGCUUUAUUUGUACCUGUACCACCGGAUAUACUGGAAAUGGAUCCUACUGUGCAGAUGUUGAUGAAUGUACAACUAGUUCUUCCUGUGAUCGCCAUGCAGUAUGCGACAACACUGUUGGAUCCUACACAUGCACAUGUAAGGCUGGCUAUGAAGGUAGCGGACGCAGGUGUGAGGACCAAGAUGAGUGUGUUGAUCCGGACAUCUGCCACACGAAUGCAAGAUGUACCAACUCCAUCGGCUCCUACAGCUGCAGCUGCAACUCUGGUUACCGCCGAGAGGGGGCAGUGUGCACCAACGUGGAUGAGUGUGAAGAGCUACUGGACAACUGUAGCCCGGGGCAGGGGAUCUGUACAGAUAACCCUGGGUCCUAUAGCUGUGCGUGUAGGGGUGGAUAUGCAGGAGACGGAAUCACAUGUAAAGAUCUUGACGAGUGUUCAGAUGAUGCUCUAAACAACUGCACUGAGAAUGCGGAUUGCGCCAAUACGGAGGGCUCUUAUAACUGCCUAUGUACAGAGGGGUACAAAGGGAUUGGUACAGAGAAUUGCACAGAUGUGGACGAGUGUAAAAUUGGUAUAAAUAACUGUGCUCAGGACGCAACUUGUAUCAACAUUCCGGGAUCGUUCACGUGUUCGUGUAACGAAGGAUUCGUCGGAAAUGGGAUUCAGUGUGAAGACAUUGAUGAAUGUGCAAGGGGAGAAGCUGACUGUGACAUCGACACAAAAGCCGUCUGUACCAACCUGAUUGGAGGCUACAACUGUACAUGUUAUAAUGGUUACGAAGGAGACGGAAGGCACUGCACAGAUUUAAAUGAGUGUAUGGCUGACAACGGUAAAUGCUCUAUGAACUGCACCAACACCGAGGGAAGUUAUACCUGUAGCUGUGAGGAUGGAUACAGGCUGGCGGUCGAUGGUUUUAAGUGUGAUGAUAUUGACGAGUGUGCAGAACAGCUGGAUGACUGUGAACAAGCCUGCACCAACACUGACGGUGGAUUCAGCUGCUCGUGUGUCCCAGGAUUCAUUCAAGUUGGGGACUCCUGUGAAGCUUCUGAAAAUUGCACCAGAACCGUCUGCACGAAUGCGGACUGCUUUGUGGAGAAUGGAAUCGAGAGUUGCCUGUGUUUUUCUGGCUACAACAUCACCAUCGAUGCCACAGUUUGCACUGACACCGACGAAUGUUCCAGUAACACCCUAAAUACCUGCGACCAGUUGUGUAACAACACAAACGGAGGUUACACGUGUGGUUGCGACAGUGGCUACAUGAUUGGUACUGAUGGUCGACAAUGCACUGACAUUGACGAGUGUUCAGAUAGCAGCCUGAAUGACUGUGACCCUAAUGCCUUCUGUAACAACAACCAGGGAGGGUACACCUGUAGCUGCAGACAGGGCUACACCGGCAAUGGGACAUCCUGUGAAGAUUACGAUGAGUGCACAUUCGGCAGUCGAAUGGAGAAUUGCAGUGCGAAUUCUCAGUGUUUCAACUUCAACGGUGGUUUCAACUGCACCUGUCGGGACGGGUAUACAGGAGACGGCUUCUUCUGUGCCGAUGUGGAUGAGUGUACCGGUGAUUCAUCACACUGUCAUGAGCAAGCAGUAUGCACAAACGUCCUGGGCAGCUUUGAAUGUACCUGCAAAGAUGGGUACAAAGGCACCAGAGCAGCAUGUGAAGACAUCGAUGAAUGUGAAAACGGAGUGAGCCAGUGUGACGGAAACGCAACUUGCACCAACAAUGUCGGUUCCUAUACCUGUACAUGUGACGCUGGGUAUACAGGUACAGGGAAAACGUGUACGGAUGUGGACGAGUGUCUAAGUGGACAGGAUGACUGUCAUGAACAGGCAUCAUGUCGAAACACGGAGGGCAGCUAUGUAUGCUCCUGCAAUACCGGUUUUACAGGCAGCGGGACGAAUUGUGAAGAUGAACACGAAUGUACACAAGGCACAGAUACUUGCACAGAAAACUCGGUGUGUACGAACACUAUCGGUUCCUUCACGUGUCCCUGUAAGCCUGGUUACUUCGGGAGUGACUGUGUGGAUGUUCAUGAGUGUGAGGACGGCAUUGACAACUGUCAUGACCACGCAGACUGUACAAACACCCCCGGUUCCUACAGCUGCACGUGCCAUUCUGGUUACUUUGGAGAUGGAACUGUCUGUACAGAUAUUAACGAAUGCGAAAACGGAAUGAGUCAUUGUGAUGGGAACGCAACUUGCACCAACACUGUCGGUUCCUAUACCUGUACAUGUGACGCUGGGUAUACAGGUACAGGGAAAACGUGUACGGAUUUUGAUGAGUGUGCAACAAACCCGGACAUCUGUGAUGACAACGCUAACUGUACGAACACUCCCGGCUCCUACAGCUGCACAUGUUAUUCUGGUUACUCUGGAAAUGGAACUUUCUGUACAGUAAUAGCAGUGACGAAAGGAAGCACUCCAACAACACCAACAUCAAUGACUGUCACUUCAGAACCGCCAAAACCGCGAAAGUUUGUACCAGCUCAAAUAACGAUGGAGAAAACGUUUAGGGCUGAAUACAAUGACAAGACUUCAGCAGAGUACAUGGAACUAUCAUCGCAGUUGAAAACAUCACUCGCUGUCAUCUACACCGGAAUUCCUGGGUUCGUCGAGAUUAUCAUCAUUCAAUUUGUCGCUGGCAGUGUAAAAGCCAGAUACGCAGCGGUUUUUGUCGUGGAAGACUCUCAACCUGACAGCAUCAUCCAGGAUAUGGCUAAGACGAACCUUCAGCAGGCGAUCACUAGCGGCAGGUUUGCCCCCACACUCCAGGUCACCAGUAGUGACAGCCUGCAGCCGACUGUGCUUACGGAAGAAGAGUUGGAGCAAGUGGUUGGAGGAUUCUGCCAGGAUGUGCAGUGUGGGGAGGUGGGCGUGUGUUCACGGACUGAGCCGUACCCUGGAGCUGUCAUAGCGGAGUGCCUAUGUCAGGAAAACUACUGCAACACGGGGACCUGUGAGUACAACGUUCAAGAGGGACCGAAAUGCACCUGCCCGGCAGUGCAGGGCACCUGGUACGGCGGGGAGCGAUGUCAGAUCCGUUUGACCCAAGCGGACGUGAUCGGUAUUGCAGCAGGAUGUUUGUGUGCGUUGCUGGUGGUCGCCCUGCUGGUGGCUGUAUGCAUGGCCAAAAUUAGGUCCAGACGUUCGGCAAAAAAAGAAAUGAGGUACAGGGUUAGCACACCUCCCGUCACCCUACCCUACUACCACACCGCCUCACAGGCACAGCAACCGUUUCGUGACCUUCCGGUCACUGACCUGAGUGAAGACCAGGACGACUACCUUUCACCUGUGCAUGUAGAUGCUGAUAUGUUGCCACCCACAUACACGGACUCCCUAAGAUCCGGGGGAAGGCGUUUCUUUAACCCAACUGUGGAGAAUAUACCGACUGGAGAGGUAGGCCUCAGCUGGGCUAUUUUGGGGACUACCAUUUAG